UUGCGUGUAGAAGAAGUUUGGUGGCCGUGCUGACGAAUGCUCCUCAGCCCCAUCAUGGGUGCGUUGAAGGUGUGGCAGCUUCUGUGUGUGCUGAGUUGUGUGGGUGCAUCACUGCAUUUGAACCAGGUGGACUACAUGGACGUCUACGACAACGAUGUACCCCGAGAAGAGGAGUCCCAGCAAACGCCAUGCCAAGCUGCAGAGCUGACGCGAUGGGACAAGCUCUUCAUCGCACUGGAGAACUCUCACAUGAGGCAGAACAUGCUGCUGGAGUCCUUUGAGAAAUGUUGUGGAGGAAUGGCGCCCCUCGGGGCGCAGGUGGACCACCUAGCCAGGGUGACAUCCCGACUGUGCUCCACCUGCUUCGGUCAAGCAGAGCAGGCUAACCUGAAGAUGCUUCAUCGGGGCCUGGCUGAGCUUCGGGAGGAGGCGGAUGCGAGGGAGAGGAGGGUCAACACCACCUUGCAGAAGAUCCUGGACAGUUUUCCAGAGGAGGAUGGCGGCAAGGAGGGACACCUUCCAACACAAAGACCCGAGGGUGGCUUGGCGGCGGCUCUCGGGUUGGGGAUGAAGCCUUUCACGUCUGGUCUUAAGGAGCAGGAAGUGAAUUCACCUCUGGACAUGGCCUCAGUGGAGAAGGCCUUGGUUGCCAUAGCAACUGAGCUGCAGCAGGUUCACGUGCAGCUGAGCAGAAUGAUUGAACAAGCGGGCACGUUGAAGAAAGACAGAGGAGACACAUGAAGAUACAAAAAACACAAGAGUGACAGUCUGGCCUUGACACUUUUGCACUUCAUCCUUUUAAGGAGUGGACUGUCAGUGUACUUUCAUCAAUAAAAACACAUGACAACGGCCUCAAGAUGCCCACAGCCCAUAAGCCCUUUUGUCCUUGCUGUGCACGUGUGGAACUGGACACACAGAGAUGGCCAAGAGUGGAAUCGAACUCUGGUCUUCUAGCUGUGUGGCCUAACCACUAGACGGCCGUGCAGCCUUACAUUUAAAGAA